CCCUGGGUGCCGCCUAUGGCACGGCCAAGAGCGGCACUGGCAUCGCCGCCAUGUCGGUGAUGCGGCCGGAGAUGAUCAUGAAGUCCAUCAUCCCGGUGGUCAUGGCCGGCAUCAUCGCCAUCUACGGCCUGGUGGUGGCCGUGCUCAUCGCCAACUCCCUGAACGACGGCAUCAGCCUCUACCGGAGUUUCCUGCAGCUGGGCGCGGGCCUGAGCGUGGGCCUGAGCGGCCUGGCAGCUGGCUUUGCCAUCGGCAUCGUGGGCGACGCCGGCGUGCGGGGCACUGCCCAGCAGCCCCGGCUGUUCGUGGGCAUGAUCCUGAUCCUCAUCUUCGCCGAGGUGCUCGGCCUCUACGGUCUCAUCGUCGCCCUCAUCCUGUCCACAAAGUAGCCCCCUGCGCACCCACCAGCCAGAGCACGGUGUCGACGCCCCCUCAUUCCAGAAUGAACAGCCUGACCAUGCACGGGCAGCCGCCCCUCAGUAGUUGGUCUUGUAAAUGCGCAGUGUCCUAGUGCCCCUCGUCCGUCGCCCCCGCCUCGCCCCGCCCUGUGCUGUGGACAUCUGGGCCGCGCGCCCCCAUCAGCCCCGCCCUCGAGUGCUGUGUUUGAGGAUGAAUCGCAGUUGUCAUUUCUCUUCACUGGAUGUUUAUUUAUACGAGACCUGACCUGUCCAUACGUCUGUGGAGCAGCCCUGCCUCCCAACGCUGUAGUGACCCUAGGUAGAGUGUCGCCCCGUGGGUCCCGUGUGCCGAGACCGGCGCGCCCGGGGCCGCGUGGCGCCGGCGCGGUGUCCAAUAAAGCUCUCGGAUGUGACUGGA